AUGACCUUGACGGGAUUGGAUCUUAACCUCCAAAGCAAGAGCCUUUUCCAGUCAACCAAAACUCCUGGUCAAGCUAUAAGGACAGAUGGGCGCAGUGGCGUCCGGAGGGCUUUACCAUACAUGUACUCAUAUCCUACGACGGAUCGCAAAAACAGGUCCAUUCUACGGGUAGAAGGUUCUUCCUGGAGCAAGCCCCAAAGUUUUGAGGCCAUAGGGAGUAAGUUUGAGACCGUUCUACCUGCGUCAAACGGAAGAUCCGAGUACCAUGCUGGCAUAUCAGUUGAGGAAGGCGAGGGGAAAUACAAACUUACGAAAGUGGUCACUGUUGCGCCUCGUUUCAUCCUGAACAACAAGCUGAAUGAAGACCUUAUUGCUCGUGAACCGGGUUCCUCAACUGUGAUCAGUCUCCGAAACGGUGAUCUAGUUCCACUCCAUUUCUUGCGAAAUGCUCCCCAAAAGCAGCUCUGCUUAUGUUUCCCUGGUGUAAAUAACCAGUGGUCUUCUCCGUUUAACAUAUCGGACUUGGGAGCCAUCCAUGUCAAGCUUGCCAAAGCGAACCAGCGCCAAAAACUUCUACGAAUAGAAAUUCUCAUGGAAGCAGCCACAAUAUACCUCCAUAUUACUAACGAAACUUUGCAUUGGCCUUUCUCAAUGCGCAAUGAAAGCGACACCGAAUUUAUGUUUUCCCAAGCUAAUCCGAAUAUAGAUGCGGACGAUGAUUAUCAAGAACCCGGCUGGCGUCCAAUCAGGUACCGGCUUCCACCUAGAAGCAUCAUGCCCUAUGCAUGGGACUAUCCAGCUGCCAAAAACAAAUCCCUUGUUCUGCUUUGUCGUGGUAAGGAGAGACAUAUCAAACUAGCUGAGAUUGGAAACUUGAUUCCAAUGAAAGUUCCACCCAUCGAAAAGCACGGCCCACCAAAGAUCAUUGACCUCAAUAUCUCGGCGGAGGGACCAACGCAAACGCUUAUUCUGUCAAACUAUAAGCCUUCCAAGAGCAUGUACCUCCAGCACCAUGCUGUAUCCUCUCCUACUAGUGUCUCCUCUGGUUUUGAAGUGAGAGAUAUCAAAUCUGAUGUCAACUUUAGAGCUCAGCUUCGAUUGGGUGGUAUUGGAAUAUCCUUGAUCAACCAGAAACUUAAGGAGCUAGUUUACUUAACCUUCCGGGAUAUCGAAUUCAAAUUCAGCGAAUCAAAACUCUACCAAACCAUCGAUACGACAAUAAAAUGGAUCCAGGUUGACAACCAACUUUACGGUGGUAUCUUUCCGAUGCUGCUCUAUCCGAGUGUUGUGCAGAAAACGGGAAAAGAGAUGGAAGCACAUCCUAUCUUCCAUGCUAAAAUCACCCGUGUUAAAGACGAUUCGUACGGCGUCUUAUAUAUCAAAUACGCCACACUCCUUUUGCAACAAAUGACUUUAGAGCUUGACGAGGAUUUCAUUUUUGCGAUGUUGGAUUUUGUGAAAGUGCCUGGUGCGUCAUGGUCUGAAGAGAAAGAAGGAAGACUUUGUGAUGAAGAUCUAGAUAUCCCAGAGCCACAGCACGAGGAACAUGGCAAAGACGUUUAUUUUGAGGUAUUACAUCUCCAACCUAUGCAAUUAGAUCUUUCUUUCGUGCGCACUGAGCGAGUGAAUGUCGAGGCCACUAUGGAGCCAUCUAAUCCAAUCAUGUUUUUCAUCAACGUCCUGACAAUGUCUAUGGGAAAUGUCAAUGAUGCUCCGGUCCGUCUAAACGCAUUGAUGUUGGAAAACGCCAGGGUAUCGAUUCCUAUGUUGCUUUCCAGUGUCACAAACCAUUACACUCAAGAAUUCCUCCGCCAAAUCCACGUCGUUAUUGGUUCGGCAGAUUUCUUAGGAAAUCCCGUUGGCCUGUUUAAUACAGGCCUGGCGGCAGCGACUCUGGACAAAGAAUUCCAAGAUCAACGAAGAAUGGCGAGGGCACGCAACCGGCCUAAGCAUGCAUUAUAUGGAGUCACCUCUGGCGGAAAUGCAUUUGCUCAAAGUAUGGCCAGUGGUAUCGGUGGUCUAGCACGCCAUCCUUUGGAAGGUGCUGAAAGGGAAGGUUUCCAAGGUUUCGUGAAAGGGGUGGGAAAGGGCGUUUUGGGUCUUGCGACCAAGCCAGCUCUAGGUGCUUUUGAUCUCGCCUCCAACCUCGCCGAAGGAGUUAGAAACACCACCACGGUUUUCGACUCUGGUGGAUUGGACCGUGUCCGCCUCACCCGCUUCAUUGGCAUGGAUGGCAUCGUACGGCCCUAUUCACAGCGCGAAGCGCUAGGCCAGUUCUGGCUUAAGACCACAGACGAUGGCAAAUACUUCAACGACGACUAUAUUGCGCAUUUCGAGUUCCCGGGCAAGGACAUGCUGAUCAUGCUCACGUAUAAUCGCAUUAUGCUCGUUCGGUCCAAGCGGCUGACUACAGAGUGGGACAUUAAGCUAACCGAUAUCCAAACCAUUUCCAAAGAGCGAACGGGAAUGAGUAUCACUCUCAAGGGUGGUGCAAACGGCCCAUUCAUACCCGUACAGGACGAGAGUGCAAGAAAUUGGCUAUAUAAACAGAUUGCUAUUGCUGUAAAUGCAUUCAAUGAAAAAUACAGUGCAAAGGGAUAA